AUGGUAAAAGAGAGGGAAGAGGUGAGGCCAGAAUGCAGGAUAGGAGAGAGAUGGAAGGGAAAAGACUGUGACGAGGCCCAUGGGUAAAAGACUGUGACGAGGCCCAUGGGUAAAAGACUGUGACGAGGCCCAUGGGUAAAAGACUGUGAUGAGGCCCAUGGGUAAAAGACUGUGACGAGGCCCAUGGGUAAAAUACUGUGACGAGGCCCAUGGGUAAAAGACUGUGACGUGGCCCAUGGGUAAAAGACUGUGACGAGGCCCAUGGGUAAAAUACUGUGAUGAGGCCCAUGGGUAAAAGACUGUGACGAGGCCCAUGGGUAAAAGACUGUGACGUGGCCCAUGGGUAAAAGACUGUGACGAGGCCCAUGGGUAAAAGACUGUGACAAGGCCCAUGGGUAAAAGACUGUGAUGAGGCCCAUGGGUAAAAGACUGUGACGUGGCCCAUGGGUAAAAGACUGUGACGAGGCCCAUGGGUAAAAGACUGUGACAAGGCCCAUGGGUAAAAGACUGUGAUGAGGCCCAUGGGUAAAAGACUGUGACGAGGCCCAUGGGUAAAAGACUGUGACGAGGCCCAUGGGUAAAAUACUGUGAUGAGGCCCAUGGGUAAAAGACUGUGACGAGGCCCAUGGGUAAAAGACUGUGACGUGGCCCAUGGGUAAAAGACUGUGACGAGGCCCAUGGGUAAAAGACUGUGAUGAGGCCCAUGGGUAAAAGACUGUGACGAGGCCCAUGGGUAAAAUACUGUGACGAGGCCCAUGGGUAAAAGACUGUGACAGUUGGGAGUCUGAAAAACUAUACAGAAAUACAUCAACGAUACAGCGAACACUAUGUAACAGAUGUGUGUCUCUAUAUCACUUGGAAUCAGUAACCCUUUGAAAAUGUAUACAGUCUUCUCUCUCCUCCUCAGUGUCAGUCUACCUCCACACAGAGAUCGACCAUGAGAGUCCUCCUACUGCUGUCCAUGCCAGGUGAGUCCAGCACAGUCACACUGAACACUACAUAAUAUACACAACACUCUAAUGUACACACAACAGCAGACUAACCCAAUAAACAUUCUAUACAACAAAACACUUGUCCAGCACCUUUGCCUAAACAUUUAGCCAUCUUUGCCUCAACAGUCCUCCUGCUAGCCCAGCCCCCCCUCUACCAAGAACCAUUUCCUUUCCUGGGUGAGUUCAUCCAUGUCAUUAUUACAGUGUCUGUCCACGUAUACGAACACACCGUGACUCUGUACUGUGUCUCUCCACAUCUGGUCAUUAUUUAAUGUCUUUUGUCUACCCACCCCGAGAGUAUACCAUGUCAAAGUAUUUUUUUUUACCAGGUUGAUGGAAACAUUUAGUGUUCUGUGUAUUGUAAUUUGUCUAUUGUAAAUACUUCAAUGAACACUUACUAUCUCAUCAUUUGCUAACAUCUUGAAUAUGAAGUCAUGCACAAAGACAAUCUACCGUACAUUUCCUCCCAAUUUUAAAAGCAGGUGGUCGAUGUUGUAUUCUUGCAUUUUAUGUGAAAUUCCCACUGUGCUUGAGUAGAUCGCUGUUAGUCAUCUGUCACACAUAAAGGGUUGUUUGCCUGUCUGUCAGUCUGCCUGCUGUAAGUUUUAUCACAAUAUGUUAUCAGUCAAUGUAACAAAAGCAUAUCUCAUACUGUUCAUUUGUUCAUUUUGCUUCACAGAGGACUAUGGCCCUGAUUAUUUCCCAGGUAAGAUACUUGUGUGAUCUUGUUACCUAUGCUACUCUGGUAGUAUCCUCAGUUUUGAUAGACUGAUGUAGAGAGCUUCUCUGCCUUUUGCCCAUUGGUGAUGUACUGAAAGUCCUGCUCAGCGCCUCAUUUUCCUUGAGAAAAUUCAGCAAUUCCCUUGUUGUGCUCACUCUCUAUCUCCCUUUCUCUUUCUCCCUUUUCUUCUUGCUCUCUUUUUCUCCAUCUUCUUCUUCCCCCCCCCCCCCCUGCGCUCUCCCUAUCAGAGAAUCCUGACGCAGAUGUCCAGCAGCAGACUCUGUUACAGGAUCCCGAACCGUUCCCUGGUCCUGAACGUCCUGGUCUGUCUGGUACUCACACCUUUCAUUAUCUACUAUUCAACAUGUAUUAUCAACUAGUCUGUUCCAUAUCUACAUCCCGUCCUGCUCUUCUGUCAUAUUAGCAGGGUUAUUCCAUUUAAAUGUUAGUUUCUGUUUUGUUUCAGAGCAAGAGACAGAGCCCACAGAACCUGGCCCCUUAGGUAAGAAAUGGGGAAAGAGAGAGGGGGAGGGUCUGUAUGUAUAGAUGUUAAUGGAUGACUGACUUGGACUAUUAUGCUAUAUGUAGAUGAUUGUCUUGGAUGACUCAUUUGUUUUGUGUUGUGUAGAUUGCCGAGAGGAGCAGUACCCCUGCACCAGACUCUACUCUGUUCACAAACCAUGCAAACAGUGCCUGAAUAGCCUCUGCUUCUACAGGUAUGCUUCUGCACACCUAACCCUUAACUUGUUACCAUGAUAGCGUUGAACAUGGAUUAUAAAGUGUUCAACAUCACACUGUAACCCCAUUCCUCUCUCCUCAGCUUGCGAAGGGUGUAUGUGAUCAACAAGGAGGUGUGUGUCAGGACUGUGUGUGCGCAUGAAGAGCUGCUAAGAGGUGAGGUGUUCUUGUAUACAAUGCACAACCAGCUGUCCCCACUAAAGAAACGCACACACCCGUUCAGUUUUGUAUUCACCUCUGUGGAGGACAAAACCUGUAACACUUCUCUCUCUCUGUAGCUGACAUGUGCCGUGACCAGUUCUCUCGUUGUGGUGUAGCUGCGGUGAGUGGCCAGUGUGGGUCACUGGGGAGCAGCUGUGGGAAGAGCUGUGGAGGCUGUUGAGAACAUAGGACACAUCAGAGAACACCAGCCCAAAUACUGCCACAUCUCUAGGGUCCACAUCCCGCCCCCUCCUCCUCCCGCCACCUCCUCCCCAUCCCCUUUUCUGUUUCAUCUUUGACUUUAUUCCACAUACUUUUUGGUACCAAAGAACUGCCAUGUUUCUUCUCUUUUCAUCUCGUCUCUCCUCCCUCUUUCAGAAUUACAUACAUAAUGCGAAGUGGGAUCAGUAGAACGUGUGUAUGGAUAAAUAUAUAUAUUCUUUUAUACUCAACAGAACAUUGAUGACUGUAUAACAUCACUGGUGCUAUAAAAUCACUACCACACUGGUGCUAUGGAAUGGAAAUCAGCAAUCAGAGGCACAUAAAAAAGCAACGUUUUGAUCUUGUUUUUUUGCCUUACUGUAUCCUAUAUUCUAAAUCAUUGUGUGGUGUUUGUUGUUGUUUACUAUACCUGUGUUG